AAGAUAACACUUUUUCAGUAAACAUUCGCUCUAGAAAAUAAAGAUAUACCUACAUAUUUUAUGAUUGACCUCGAUGGCAACAAAAUAAUGUGAAAUCAAUGUGACAUUCUAUUUCAAUGAUAAGACUGGCUAAUUCAUUAUUUUUGAUCAUUUUCAUCGCAUGGUCAACUUUAGCUCAAGAUGCAGACAUCGAAGAGGAAUUUCGUCGAGCUCGUAUAAUUCCUCAUGCUCUAUCAGCUGCUCCAACAGAAUGGUUACGAAUUAUUUAUGAAAAUCGAACCCUUCAAACAGGCGAAUUAAUCGAAAACGAAGAAGAUCUGCUGCAUUUGCCAAAAAUAAAAUGGAAAAGCGCUCAUUUACGAAAACUCUACACAGUUUACAUGUUUGGUCUGACAGAAAUACCUUGGAGAGAAACAAGAUACGAGAUGUCCGAAGGUGCGAAUUUCGGUCUCUCUGAUGGCUGUAAUCGCACCAGACAGUAUCAUUGUUGGGUUCAAGUCAAUAUUCCAGGAGACAGGGUUCGAAAAGGAGAGCAAUUGUUUCCUUACAUUUCUCCGGAUUGUCCAUCGCACGAAUUCACAGAUCGAAUUGUCGUACUGGCUUUUGGACAAAAUUUCCUCGUCAAUAUUCCGACUGGAAAAAUGCAUCACGCAAAACUGUUUUCAGAAUGUUCACCUACUUCGAGACUAGUCAACAAGUUCAAUUUAACUGGACCAAUUGCGGGGAAUUUCUUUUAUAUGAAAUGUGAUACCCAGAAUUUCAUGUUGGAGUAUCCUUGAAACCGAAUUGAAACAUAAAUUUCCAAGAUGGCGAAUUUUCAUAGCACCCGUCUUCAUGACAAAUUAUUUUAUACCUGUUUAAAUCAAUAUAUGAUAUUAUCCAAAUUCAAUGAUAUAUUAUAUUACUGAUUGUAUUUUUAAUUAAAAGAGCAAUUUUUGGUAUUUCUCGUACUUCCAUGACUUGAAAAAUUGAAAGAAACAUGGUAAAAAUAUUAAUUCUCACUUUGAUAUCACAAACGUAUAUUCAUUAAAUCAUAUCAGAUCACUAGAGCAGAGUUCAUAACCAAACUUCAACCCAUAAUGAUAAGCUCGCUAAAAUGAAAUAAAAUGAGGAAAAAACUAAUGAAAAGUCUGUUUUCUAAAUCUAUGUAGAAAUUCUGGU